UGGUGUCGCAGGAUGUGGUUGGUGAGUCUGAGACCACAAAGUCCAAACAUUUGCUCCAAUGUCCAGUCUCAUGUGUCUCUCUCUUCUGGUGCAGGAGAGGCCGUGGUGCUGGCUACAUUUAUGGUGUCUGUGGGCAAGAAAAAGCUUCCAGUUGCAGGGUGCCGGGUCCAGAAGGGUGUGCUUGACCGGGGUCAUAACUUUAAACUUGUCAGAGGACUGGACACCAUCUGGGAGGGGAGCCUGAUAGCAUUGAAGCACCACAAGGACGAAGUUCCGACGGUGAAGGUAGGAAUGGAAUGCGGCCUUUCAGUGGAGGAGGAUGUGGACUUCCGACCGGGUGAUGUCAUGGUUUGCUAUAAAAAUGAGACCUCUCCUCAAGUUACUUCCUGGAAUCCUGGCUUUUAA